AUGACCUGCAGAAAUGAGCAGGAGUUCACCCGCCAGAAGAACAGAAAAAUGCAGAGCGACUUGGUGAAGGGAAGGUGCCAAGAUGACAGGCUUUCUCUUGCUGCCUGCAAGCAGAGGGCCACAGCCUCUCUGCUCCUAGAGACUGAGAGAUCAUGUGGCACAAGCAGCGAAGGGCAAAAGAGAAGGAGGAAUCCAAAUAGCUUUGUAGCUUCAGGUCCAACCCUCCUGCUGGCCUGUGUGCCAGGAGCCAGGUCCACCACACUUGUGUUUUCUCCUCUAGUGCUCACGGGUCCCAGCACCGAAGGCACUCCCUUGGGCCUGAGUCUGUACCGGGUCCCUUCUGUGCUUCCUUCCCCUCAGGGAGCCUCUCUCCCCCUGGGCCACUCCUGGGGUUGUGGAGAUUUUCCUACUGGUAAUCCUUCCCCUGCCCUAUUACUCUACCUUUCAAUACUAUCCAUGCUCGGCCAGUCAGUAUCAAGUAGAGGAACCUCAGAAGAACUUAGGCUGAGUCAGAAGACAAUGCUGGGUGGACACUUGGGAAGCCUGGUGCUGAAAGGAAGCAGCAUGGAAAAGGAGAUACCUAUUCCAGACCAGCUCAGUCGGCUAGAAAAGAGUCCAACUUGUGGAGGAGUCCAGAUGGCAGAGAAGUAA